AUGUACAUUCUGACCUGGUGGUGGACGCAACAGAUACUGCACCUUGUGGGGCUGCCCCUUAGUCUUUGCACUGGGGUGAUUGCUGAGCACGAGGACGGGAUCUAUACACUGCUGCAGUUUGAUAUUCACAACACCUGGAUACCAGCGGCCGUGAGCACAUACCGACGCGGCACUGAUUCUCUUGCAUACAUUCUGGCCUUUUCUGCAGGGUGGCGGGCCUUGACGUGUCUGUUUCUCUGUUGCUCCAUGCACCAACUUACCAGAUGUGGGGGUGAGGGUAGUGGCCCAGUCAUGGGGGUGUUGACGCUCCAUGAAACCCGAUGGCAGUUCACUGGAGAGUGGCUUGAUUCUGACUGGAUUCAUGUGCAUUCCGGAUGCUCCACCUCCAAGGGAACCGGCAUCCUGACUCACCAAGCUGCUGGCAUUAGCAGACAACAGGCUCAAAUGGCUAAGAUGGAGUUUCAAGCGGCCACUGAACUAUGGCACGCCUAUGCUGACUGCUCAACGAGGGUCAUGACUGAGCAAUUGACCACGGUCCUGCACUCAGACGCCCCAGGGGUUCCUUUCUCGGUUUGUGAGCUGACCCAAGCCUUGAGUGACAUCCCAGUGAACCGUGCCGUUGCACAGUUGAUUGCGUCCCAAAGACCGACGCCACAUGCUAGGGCACUUGGCCUUCCCAUGUUCCAAUUUUGCGGUGGUGUCACAGUCAUGCUGGACCUUGAACGGGCAUUUGAUGGAGUUUCCCGUGCAAAACUGUUUGGACAGCUCCAUACAUUAAACAUCCGUCCUGCUGUCAUCCAAUUGCUGGCGCACUGGCAUCACGACACCCAGUACCAUUUCCAACAUGGCUGCGAACACGUAGCCCUGCCAACAGGUGCAGGGCUACGCCAAGGAUGCAAGGCUGCCCCGGGCCUUUGGAACUUCCUGAUGAUGCUGUAUCUCAAUAGGGUAGCCAAUUUCUUACCAAUAACUUGGUUAAGAUUGCACCUUAAUAUUUACGCCGACGAUUAUCAGGUUGGAGGCCUUUUUUAUUCCACUUCAGACUUGAAAAAGCUCCUGAUGGCCAUUGGCAUUUUGCUGGACACCUUGCGUGAAUUUGCGUUGCGAAUUAACACCAAGAAGUCAGCGGCACUUUUGGCCAUUGCUGGCACUUCUCAUCGACAUCAGAGAGCUCAGUUUGUCGUGAAACAAAAAGAUGUGGAACAGCUACGCAUUCCCUUGCCAACGGGGACAGAAGCCUUGAUACCAUUGCAGUCACAAAUCACGUAUCUUGGCACGGUCAUGUCUUACAAAGAUUGCAAAACUGCCACGUUAAAGCAUCGCUUGACCUUGGCUAGAAUUGCACAACGCAGACUUGGCAGAUGGCUCCGGGGCAAACAUGAUUUCAAGAUUCACAGCAGAUUUCAACUUUGGCGCUCCACUGUGUUGCCUGUCCUGACGUAUGGCAUUUUUGCAACAGGGAUCCAUCCACAGGGCAUCAUGUGUUUGCAAAGGGAAAUGUACAAAAUGUUGAGACAGGUAGUUUGUGAUCAUGCUUCACGCACGGGACAUACCAACUAUCUUGCCCUGACUUUGCACUCCAUUGCAACGCCUUUGCAGCAAUUGCGCGCUGCUGCCGAGCAACUUUUGCAGUCGAUCACUCAACGCUUGACCAGAUUGCAAGCCGAUGAUAUCACACUGCAACUGCCCUGGGAGCAUUUAAAUCACCUGGUCACCAGCCUUGCCAAUACUCAGGAGCUGAGCUCCCGGUCUGUCGAGCCUUCUCCAUUGUGUGUUGACCCCAGCAGCCCUGACCUUUUUCAAUGUACAAGAUGUGAUUAUGUUGCAACCAACGUCGCAACAUUCAGACGACAUUGCACGAUGGUUCAUGGCCUUCCUGUUUUUCGGAGUCAUUUUGCUCUUGCAUCACAAUUUACAAACACUGGAUUGCCUGAAUGCAAACAUUGCGGACAAACCUUCGCUACAUGGAGACGUUUUCAGAUUCACAUUGAACGGGGCUGUCAGGUCCUUUACUCCGGCCCCUGUGCCACAGAGACGCAUACUGCUCUGGGGGUGCAGCUCUACCAGAGCAGCACUGAAAUGGCCGCUGGAGAACUUGCAGUCAGAGGCUCAACACUGAUCCCUGAAGCUGAACUGGACAAUCUGCGUCAAGCAACGUUUGGCCUGCCACUGUGUCAGCUCAUUGAAGAGCGUGACUGGGAAAAACUGGCAACUUUGCCUGAUGCAUGCCAGUACCUUGCAAAGAGGUGCAUUCUGUGUGGCCUUCACUAUAACCGGGUUCAAGAACUUAAUGCCCAUUAUCGGACCAUGCAUGGACAAUAUUGGGAUGGAGUUCCACAACAAGCUGUGUACAUGUCCAACACAUGGGCUACAGAUAGGCCUUGCGUCUACUGCGGCGCCCUGUUCAAAUCACACCUUUGCCCGGUGUGGGUUCAGGUGAUGGCCUUGCUGAUGGCGGGAGUCAGAGCACCCAGUGGCAGUGUCACUUCAGCAGAGGCUCCUUCACUCAGAGUUCGAUGUGACAUUUGCUUGGCAGAUCUUCCCAACCCAGCAGCCUUGGCAGAACAUCUGCAAACCCAGCAUGCCUUGCAGGGGGUGGCGUUUAACGUGGCCAGGGACAGUGUGGCGGGCAGCCCAGCAUGUGCCCAUUGCGGAACUCUCUACGAGAGCAUGUCCAGUCUGCGCUCACACAUAAACCAAAGCAGAUGCCUCCUGUUUCGACCGGAGGCGACAGCCGAGACGUUGCCUAUGCGUCCUGAAUGGGUCCAGGCUUGCACAGCUGGUGAAAUGAAAACCCUUUUCACCAAUGCCAAGUUCAGAAUGGAGUUGACGCUGCAUUGUCAACUCUGCGGGGUUCACUAUGCACGGUCCACGGACCUUUCUUGCCAUCUCCAGGGCAGCCAUGCCAGGGUCUGGCGCCGUGCUCAAACCCUCACAGUGAUUUUGGUCAGCUUGUUUUAUGCCAGAGGAACUUGCGUGUGCAACCCGGCCUUGCAUCAGAACCGCCUGGAUCACAACUGCCUCCCUCUGAGGCAGCUAUCCAUGCUACUCCAGAUGAUGGAUGACAAGAUUUUUGCACCUUUCCAGGCAAGUGAACAUGUGUUGAAGAUGUUGCUCUCCACCAUGCUUGACCAGACACAGCGCUUUCAGCUUGAGCAGAUUGUGCUUCAGCAUGACUACGCCAAACUUUGGCAGGACCCUGGAUGCUUGCAGCUCCUGCGCACCCAAUGUUUGUUUUGCGGAUGUGAACGAGAUGCCUGUGCACUGCCCCAGCACCUGCGCGAGGCCCAUGCCUGCAGUCACCUUGCACUGUCCUUUUAUAUGGCCUUGCUGACACCCAUGAUGCAAAAAAGCAUGACAGCAGACCACCAAUGUCACGCUUGCCUACAGGUUUUCAACUUGCCUGCAACUGCAGAUGAUGCUGAGAACACCCAACGCAAGCAACUGGCUCAAUCACACCUGCUGUACAACUGCCCUGUUGCGUUGCAAAUUGCAUUGCUGCUCACUGGGUUGCUACAUGAUGGACGACUCCUUGAUGACCACACCGGAGCUGAUGGCGCACCAGCAAGUGCUGGAAACCUUCAAAGGCCUUGCCCCCUUGCUCGGUCAGGCGCCAUUGGCGCAACUGGCCCCAAACCCAAGAGAGCAAAAACGCUCCAAGCAUCAGCACGAGCCGCCUCAGCGGACCCAACAGACCCAGAUGCAUCAGUUGGGGGCCUUGCAGACACCACAACCUCAGCUGGCAACACUGGUCCAUCAGCUUGCCCUACUGGUUCUGCGCCACGAUCGCGAUCUCAACCAGAGCAGAAAGGCGGACAGCUUCGUUCUUUUUUUCAACCGCGAUCCCAAGGGCGGGCUCCAGGGCUUGCUUCAGGCCACACAGACAUGGCAGGAGCAGAGGAAGUCAUCGACAUUGCCACUGAUGACUUUGAGACAGCACCUGACGCAGUGCCUUUUCCAGGACCUCAUGCUGAAAGUGGUCAAGAUGUCGGAAGCCAAGCAGGACGACCAACUGUUCCUGGCCUCUGUUCAGAGCCAAGUGAUCGACGAGAGCGGGAACUGGCCCUUCUUGGAAUGGAAUCCAACGACCAAACAACUCCACAAGAGUUCCAAGACACCCAUCAGCAUGACGCUGAUGAUACAGCAUGUGAAGGAGCUGGUGGAAAUGUUCAAGAACCCAGACCUGGUGUUAUGCUUCAAGUCGCUUCAGACCAACCAGGACACCACCAUAUGCCCUUGGAGACUGCAGCUCUGCCCGAGGGCGGAUCGGGAGUGGGAGCUUUUGAGCCGGCUCUCCCGCAGCAGCGUUUGGACCCUCCUUGGGACAAUGCUCAAGCCGCAUGCCCUGCACCAAUGCGGACUGGCGGACUCCAUCCAGCAGGCACUUGGCCAGCAGACCAGGAAAGGGAAGGGCAAAGGCAAGACCAAGCAGACGAACCAUCGAUCCAAGACAACCCAUUUGAGGCUUCGCAAUGA